AUAGAUCUUCAGUACUGGCGAUGAAUAUCGGAGCGCAGUGAAUAUCGCCUCCGCGCUCCACCACCUCUUCAUAGACAUGUGACAAUUAAGAUGAUGUCGAAUCAAACGCUUAUGAAAAUUGCGAGUAUCGGAGGGUUUGUAACAGCGGGUACAGGUUAUAUCUUCAUCUAUCGUAUUCAAAGUGAUAUAAAAAAUAGCGAAACUUAUAUAGAUGCGAUGAAUACCCUGUAUGCUCAUAAGAAAGCCGUACCCUAUUUUGGAGAGCCUAUUAAAGUGGGUCGCAUCAAGUUUGGUGAUGGGAAGCAAACGCUGGAACAUACAAUACCCUACAAGUGGUUUAAAGUCCCUAUUAUAGGUACAAAUACCAAAGGAAAUGUAUAUUAUGAGGUAAUAUUGAAUCAGAAGCUUGAAAAUAAACCUGAAGUAUCUAAGAUUGAAGUUACAUUUGACAAUAUACCAGGAAAAACAUUUGUAAUAAGGGAAUAUUAGACAUAAAAUAAUAAGUAAUUAAUAUCAAAGAAAAUGUAUAA